UGCACCAUGCACUAUGUGCUUCAGCUCUGUACUUUAUAAUAACUAUGGGCAUGUUACUCCGAACCUUCGUCUUUUUGUGGAUUUCAGUUGGAUUUCUAUCUUUACUGGAAGUAAAGUCUGAGGCCUGUACAGGCAUCGACUUCCCUGGGCGGUGUGAAUUUGUUUUCAGAAAUGUCUGCUUUGAGUUUGUUGGGGGAUCUGAAACCUGGUCCCAAGCCAGGAGCAGCUGUGAAAAGCGCGGAGGGGAGCUCCUGAAGGUGAUGAACUACCCGAUCAAAACGUUCCUGAAGAACAUCCCCAAAGAGGGAAACACCAGCAGCUUCACCUGGUGGCUGGGGAACGGGGUCCAAGGGCAGUACCAGGAGCCCACCAUAAAGAAUGCUGACAUUUCAAAGGGCAACUGCACGUACAUGAAGCUGGAUCCUCUUCAGCUCGUCACGACAUUUGACUGCAACCAGAGACGAGGCUUCCUCUGCACCCACAAUGAGUGUGUGUCUUCGUCAAACACAGAGAACACAGUGGUGUCCAGCCGUGCAACCAGAUCUCGACCCAAAAGGGAUGUAAAUGCCAUGGGUUCAGCUAUUGAAGACAUUGACAAACUUCUCCAGGAAGCAGAUAAAGAACUAUAUCGAAUGGAAACGACAGAAGGGGAGCCGACAAACAACAACAGGGACAAAUUCAUUCAGUAUUUGUUGGCAAGUACUAAAAAGCUGACUGGAAAAUUUGCUUUGGAAAACAACAACACCAUCAGUCAUAUCAUCAACUGCAGCACCGGCAUCCUCCUCCUCUCAGUGAACAAAUGUGACAUCAAGACCAACCCAAACCCUACCUCUUUGUUUGAGGAGGUCUUUGAGAUCUAUCGGACUAUUUCAGUGCUGAUUGGUUCGACAACCACAGAGAGAAUUAUCAUCAGGCACCCAACAGGCACCAUCUAUCAGAGCACACACACACCUACUAGCCUCAGCAAUGCUGUGCUGGGUUCAGAGCAAGAUGGGGAGUAUGUCGUACUCCCAUCAUUUGCAGCACUUAAGUCACAGCUAGGAGGGUACAGCAAAAUCAUCGCUCAGAUGGCUUCAUUCUCAAAGAAUCCCCAUCCGUCUGACAACAACAUCUCAGGAACAGUUUGCAGCCUUUUACUCAGUGAUGGAACCACAGACAUAAAGCUGACAAACCUGACAGAGAAUAUAGAGAUCUUUCUGCCUCACCCAAAUGCUUCAGUAGUGACGAACAGUACUGUGUUGGAGAAGAACAUGAAAGUGGUUACCAGAUUCAACAUCUCUGACCCUGAUGUGACCAUCUUCUUCAGCGUGGAGCCCAGUGCCAAUGUGUCAUUGGCUCUUAGGUUGUCUGCAGGGUCCCCUCCUAACGCCACACAUUUCAGCAACAGGACCAUCUUGAGCGCAACAGGAGGCUAUCGCUGGAUGAUAACCCCCGAGAUGAUGCAGCAGACUACUGGAGUCUGGUAUGUUGACACACACCUCUUCAAUUCCACUUGGGAGCCAGACCUAACGCUGAGGAUCUCUUCUUUUAUGGGCAAGUGCUUGUUCUGGGACAUAAAGAGGGAGAAUUGGAGCACUGAUGGCUGCCAGGUGGGGGACAAAAGCACUCCGGAGCGAACACAGUGUCUGUGCAACCACCUCACUCUCUUUGGGAGCUCCUUCUUUGUGAAGCCAAACUACGUGGACCUAUCUCGCACAGCAGAGUUGUUUGCCAGCGUGACUGAAAACUACGUGGUGCUGGCUCUGCUGUGCACUUUCUUUGGGCUCUACCUGGCCACUCUGCUGUGGGCCUGCUAUGCUGACCGCAGGGCCCGCUCUAAGAGGAAGAUGACUCUGCUGGAAGACAACCACCCAGGCGCUCAGUACAACUAUCUGAUCGCUGUCCAAACUGGCAAUCGCAAGAAUGCUGGGACUACUGCCAAUGUGAAAGUGAAGCUGACUGGCUCAGAGGGCGAGAGUGACAUACACAACCUCACAGAUCCCGACAAGCCUGUGUUGGAGAGAGGAGCUGUCGAUAUGUUCCUGUUGGCCACACCGUUCCCACUGGGCGAAGUGCGAAACCUCAAGCUGCAGCACGACAACUCUGGAGGUCACCCAUCAUGGUAUAUAAACAAGGUGACCAUACAAGACCUCCAAACACGACAUGUGUUUCACUUCCUCUGUGACUGCUGGCUGAGUGCUGACCACGGAGACAAGAAAACCUUCAAUGCUGCAAAGAACAACGAGAUCGCCAGCUUCAGGAAUAUUUUCCAGAGUAGAACAUCCACUGGCUUCAGGGAUGAACACAUCUGGGUGUCCAUAGUGGAUCCUCCCUCACGUAGUCCAUUCACACGAGCCCAGAGGGUCUCCUGCUGCAUGAGCCUGCUCCUCUGCACUAUGGCCAUCAACAUCGCCUUCUGGAACAUUCCUGUAGACGAGGACUCGGCAGUACUCUUCGAGUUAGGUUCAUUGAAAAUCACCUGGCAGGAGCUCAUGGUCGGGGUACAGAGUGGUCUUCUCAUGUUUCCAAUCAACAUCCUCAUCAUCACCAUCUUCCGAAGCAUCAAACCUCGCAUGAUUUCUAAAAAAGAAGUCUCAGAGGAGAACUUGAGACCGCCCGCAGUUACCAUACCAGCUAUUCUGAAGGAUACAGAGAAGGUGAUUUCUUCUGUGAGCAGUAGUCCGAGGAACAAGAUGUCACAGAUGAACCUGCUGGUGUCCACCGCUGACCUCUGCCCUGCCUUGGACAGGGUGCAUGAAUUCAUCCAGCUUAUGCAAGGGGAGAUCGAGAGUGACCCCCACUGGGUGUACUGCAGCAAGUUCCUCCUGGCUGGUCUCUGUCAUCUCCUGAUGUGCCUGGAGAAACUGGAUGAAAAGCACUUCUCGAGUCCAUACGAGUACCAGCAGGCCCUCAACCUCACCAAUCUGCUGGUUCGCAAGGCUGAGAUGGUCUUCAGCAGCCACUUGGCCUACUGCCCGCCUCCCGUGAAGAAGAGGAAGAAGGGGUCAGCGAGCUGCUGGCUGCCCUGGUGGUGUGUGUUCCUGGGCUGGUUCCUGUUGCUGUCCAUCAGUGUGCUAUCCACUUACUUCACCUUGAUAUACGGCUUCACGUACGGCAAAGAUGGGUCCAUCAAGUGGGUCAUGUCUCUGGGCCUCUCCCUCUUCCAGAGCAUCUUUAUACUGCAGCCUCUCAAGGUGAUUGGCGUUGCUGUGUUUUUUGCCCUGCUGCUGAAACCUGUAGCCGUGGAGGAGAGUGAAGAAAUUGAGCAGGUGAUGUUAGAGCAACAAGACAAGUGUAGACGCUACUCUGGCAGGGACACGCUGUGAGGAAGCUGCAUUUAGCGGGAUAAGUUGUUUUCUCCGACUGGCACAGCUGCGAUCUACUGCAUCCUCACUUCUUAAACACUCUUUUGCACUUAUUGGAAGUUUCAACUGUCUGAAUAUAAAAUGAAUCUUGGUGUUUUGUGUUUGUACAGAAUAUCCAAAGCCUGAAAAUAGUUUUCUGAAACAGAGUGAAAGUAAAGGGGUAAUUAAAUAACUAUUGCUCUUGCAUGUCAAUGUGUUGCUUACUAUCCGCUUUGAUGUAUGUGUAUGUAAAGAAAAUCUCUGGCUGCUUUUGUUCAUUUCAUGAGGCUGUUAUUUUCAUUCUCCUAAGAAAUCUGUAUCUAUGUCCGAUCCCAUUCAUUUUGCAAAUCAAACACUAACCAUCACAAAACCUACAAAUGUAACGGUACGGUAGAAAACUUGCCCAAGUUAAUUGCAGUAAAGCACACAGGGUAUAAAGACAAUCUGGCAGGGCAACAAGGAAAACAAGGGAGUAUAUAAACAGGGUAGACUAGUGGCAAAAUCAGGGGCAGGUGAGGAUAAUCAAGGAGGUGGGAAAACACACAAAGACAGGAAGUAAAGCCAAAAAUGACACAUGAGUCAACUUAUCAAAAUAAAAUAGGAAACACUACAACCAAAUGCCAGGACCAUGACACCAAAUACCUUGUAAUAUUCCUCAAUUCACAUCACAUUUAAAGAAACCACAUUCAUAACUUAAUGAAGAAGCUCAACCAGAAAUUAUAGGUUUAUAACCAGAUCAGACCAUAUCUCAUACUGUCUUGGACACAUAUCUAAACACAAUCAUUAUUUCAACAUUA